AUGGAAGUGACGUUUGUCGAAAAGGACCUCGUCGCCAACUUUGAAGGGGUGGCCAAUGCGAGAACGGUUGGCGGGAGUGGCCAUGCGAGUCUGGGAGUUAGCAAUGCUCUCUCGAGCCUUGCUAAGAAGCGCAUCCAUCUCCUUGCAGAUCCCAAUCAACGUCAUUCUCAACAAACUUCUUGAGGACACUCCCAAGAGUUUUGUUGGUGACCUCAGUCUGUCCAUCUCACUGGGGGUGAUAGGAGGAGGAGAGGCGGAGCUCGGAGCCAUAGAUCUCAUGGAGUCCACGCCAGAAGUGAGAAGUAAAGCAGGGAUCGCGAUCAGAGACGAUGCUAGUGGGAAAACCGUGAUGAAUGGCAAUGCGGUUAAAGUCUUGGAACAUCGUGUUCAUAGCCGUCUGGAAAGUGGUGGGGGAAUAACGGAGACCGAAAGGCAUGACAGGAAACUCGUAGUGCCCGAAACGAGAACGAAAAGUGGUCUUGGGCUGGUCCUCCUCGGCUGCGUGGAGCUGGUGAUAUCUGCUACGAAGAUCGAUCUUCGUGAAGAAAUGGUGGCCAGCGAGGCGGUCAAACAGAUCAACCGCGCGGAGCAUGGGAAAGUUGUUCUUGACCGUGUAGUGGUUGAGAGCGCGGUAGUCAAUACAGAGACGAAGGGUGUCGUCCUUCUUGCGAUCGAAGAGAACCGGGGUACUCCAUGGGGAAGUACUCGGCUUAAUGAAGCCUUGACCAAGCAGCUCCUCAAGUUGGCGCUUGAGUUCCUGGGCUUCGGGAGCCGAAAGGCGAUAUGGGGUGCCAUUCUGAAUGCGAUAGUUGGGCUCGAGCUGGAUGUGGUGCUCGAUAUCGCGAAUGGGAGGAAUACUGCUGUAGGAGACGAAUGGUGGGAAAACAUCGCGAUACUCGCAAAGGACACCAACGCUAGGCGGCAAGGAAGAAAGGUGUCAAAUUCCUUGACAGCGACGUUUCAAGCAAAGGUGGAGGGAAUCCGUGUGGAGGUGGGGACUGAGGGUGUGUCCGUGACCUUAACACGCUCGAGGUCCAAGAAGUCGAUGAUAUCCUCAGCUGCAAUAAGGGAAGCACUGCAGCGAGCCGUGCGAAGAGCAGGCCUGGUAGGAGGACGUGGAGGAGGGAGGUCACGAGAGACGCUAGGCGAAGAAGGAGAAGGUAUACCAGUGUCGGUAUUGUCAGCCAAAGAUAAGGUCCGGCCAAAGUCGUCGGGAAGAGUAGCAAGCGGCGCAAAGACCUACGCGGAAUCGUUGGAUCAUGCUAUCCUCGGGUAUGGCUGUGACGGGAAUCUGGGCACGUACACGGUGGAAUCGUUGGAUCAUGCUGUCCUCGGGAAUCUUGUCGCCACCAAGCCAUCUGAUCUCAGCCACACGGGUAAUCGGGUCGCGGGUUGUCGCAGGGCAAGAAAAGUACUGCUGAAGGAAGUCGAGAAACUCAGGAUAAGACGUGCCCUCAUGUACAUCGCGUUUUCCCCCAUUCAGAGCACAGGGAUCGUGAUAAGUGGCAACCCUAUAAAGAGCGAGGGUGGGCUUGUUAGUAAAGUCGCGUCUUACUCUGGGCUCAAGCGGUCUCGCUACGCCGAGUACUAGCGAGCCCGAAGGAGAGAGGGCUGGCCAGUGUGGUGAGAGGCUGAGAGCGACCGUAGUAAACAGGAGUCGGUUUC